ACUGCACCACAUGUCGCCAGAGCUGGAGGCCCUGCUGAAGGAGCUGCAAGAACUCGUUCCCGGUCCCGCCAUCUCCGAGCUCCUGGCGCAGUGCGGCGACUACCAGCUGCUGCAGCUGACGAACUUCUACCGGGAGCGGCUGAAGCCCGCGAUCGAGGAGGGGCUGGAAGGGCUGAGCGGGGCGCUGAAGGAGAAGGGGCAGCUCAGCGGCCGGGAGCAUGAGAGAGUCACCGAACUCGCCGAGAGGGGGCGCCGGGCCGAGGGCUCAGCUCUGCUCCUCAGUCUGGUGACGGAGAAAGGGGCGCCGGCCCGCCGGGUGAUGUGGGAAUCCUUCGGGGAAAUCCGCUACGGGCUGCCCAAGCUGGAGAAGAUUCUGAAAGAGAUCCACGAACUCGGUCCCGAUCCGUAUGAACACAUGAACAUCGCCCGGGGUUUAUGCAGACAAUCGUCGCAGCUGAAGGAUAUUCAGCAGGAACACAGGAAGACACUGCGGGCGCAGACCGAGACGCUGAGAGUGGACACGAUCCUGAUGAGGGAGAAGGAGAAGGUUUUCCAGCUGGUUGAUCGAUACGCCGAGCUCACGGUCAUUUCUACUGUUCGGGAUCGGAGACUGGUGGAACAUGAGCUGCUGGCCAGAGGCCGAGACCACGAGGAGUUGAGGGAGAAACAUCUCCGCGGAGAGCUGGAAAAGAUUCGGACUGAUCAGUUGUUCCAGAGCAGCUUUUCCCGGAGUAAAUCCAAAUCUGGGAAUUCGGCAGCAGUGGCCGGAGUCCCGGGGAUCGGGAAAACAACAAUGGUACAAAAGAUUGUUCACGACUGGGCCACGGGGAAAAUAUUCCAGCAAUUCCAAUUUGUCUUCAGUUUCAAAUUCCGCGAUCUGAACCACAUUAAUUGCAGGGUAAGUCUGAGGGAACUGAUUCUGGAUCAGUAUCCUUACUUGAGGAAUGUUCUGCCAGAGUUGUGGAAGAGCCCAGAAGGAUUGCUGUUCACACUGGAUGGCUUGGAUGAAUUUAAGAACAAAAUCGAUUUUGCUGACAGUCGGGGAUGUACAGAAGGUCAGUCCACAUGCACAGAUCCCGAAUUCCAGUGUACGGUGUCGGACAUUGUGCACAGUUUAAUCCAGCACAAGCUGCUCCCAGGGUGUUCCGUGCUGGUGACCACCCGCCCCACUGCGUUGCAUUUAUUGGAAAAGGCUGACAUCAGUGUCUGGGCUGAAAUCCUGGGAUUUGUUGGUGAGGAACGGAAGGAAUAUUUCAUCAGGCAUUUUGAUGAUCAGACGGUGGCGGAAGCUGUUUUCAAACACGUGAAGGAGAACGAGAUCUUGUACACCAUGAGCUACAACCCCUCCUACUGCUGGAUCCUUGCUCUGGCACUGGGCCCCUUCUUCACACAAAGAGUCAAGGACCCGCAGCGAGUUCCCAAGACCAUCACCCAACUGUACUCCUACUAUAUUUACAACAUCCUGAAAAACCACUGUCGUGAGAUUGAGAACCCCCGUGAUGUGUUACUCAGGCUUGGUCAGAUGGCCUUCAGAGGGGUGUCCGAGAGGAAGAUCGUGUUUACAGAUGGAGAUUUGAUCAGCUACAAUCUGCAGCUUUCCCAGUUCCUGUCCGGUUUCCUGGUGGAGCUUUUGGAGAGAGAGGAUUCUGCCCGGAGCGUGGUGUACACAUUCCCACACCUCACCAUCCAAGAGUUUGCGGCCGCACUCGCACUAUUCCUGACCCCAGGUCGCGGGGACAUCCUGGAACUCCUCACUGAAGCCCGCGGCGAGGAGGACGGGCGGUUUGAGGUGUUUCUCCGUUUUGUCGCUGGCCUCUCCUCCCCGGCGACAGCUCAGGGCCUGGAGGAGUUUCUGGGUCCGUUUCCGCACGAAACGACCCGCCGCGUCCUCGACUGGGUGACGGAGGAGGUGAGAAGCCAUGUUGCGGACGAGCGGAAUGAGGCGGGUAAAAGGAGCCUGCUGAACGCGUUGCACUACCUGUUUGAGUCCCAGAAUAGUGCACUGGCUCAGGCCACCCUGGGGUCGGCGGGAGAGCUAUCGCUCCGUGGGUUGCGGCUGACCCCCGUUGACUGUGCCGUCCUGUCGCAUGCCAUCGGGCUCUGUGACGCCAUGAGACACGUCGACCUGUGGCGCUGCCGCGUUCAGAGCGAAGGACUCCAGCGGCUGGGCCCCGGGCUGCACCAGUGUCAAGAGCUCGGCCUGGGGGAGAAUAGCUUGGGAGAUUCAGGAGUGAAGCUGGUGUCAUCGGCUCUGCAGCAUCCGGAGUGUAAAAUACGGAGACUGGAACUGAAAUAUAAUGAUCUCACGGUGUCCUGCGCCGAGGGUCUCGCCUGCGCUCUCGGUGCAAACCGAUCGCUGACAGAGCUGAACCUGAGUGACAACGAUCUGGGAGAUCUCGGAGUGAAACUGGUGUGCGUGGCUCUGGGUAAUUCGGAGUGUAGAGUCCAGAAACUGUGGCUAUGGAGGACGGGGCUCACCGGAUCCUCCCCCGAAGAUGUCCUCUCCGCCCUCGGUAAGGUCCGCUCCCUGACUGAGCUGGAGCUGGGCACGAACUCGUUCACGGACCGCUCUGUCCCCGCUCUCCGCCGCCUCAUCGUGGCCCUCCCGGUGCUGGAGCGGAUCGGGCUCGGAGGCAACCAGUUCAGUUCGGAAGGUCGGAAUCAGCUGAGAUCGCUGCGGGGGUCCAAACCGGGGCUGAAGGUAUGGCCGUCUCCAACUCUGCCCUGUGCUGUGACGUCAGGGGAAUCCCCGUUGGCACGUGACUCGGCCACCCUCUCGCUGUUGUCUGAAGGAGCGGCCCAGCACUGGCUGAGCCCGAGAAGCGCAGUCAGUGCCCCGGACGCGGAGUUAUCCGUGGAGGAAAUCCUCGGGGCGCGGUUGCCCGGGAUGAUGCAGCCGGGAACAGGUAAUUCGGUCAUUCGGCGGCCUCGCCGUAAGCCCGUCGCGUACCCCGACGUCUCCUCGUUCCGCCGGGAGCUGGGACGCUGCCCUGAAGUGCGAUUUUACAGUCCUGUGGGCGGACCUGAUGAAGAGCGGCCUGGUGUGUGCACGCACCAAUGCCCGGGAAACCCCAGUCCGUAA